UGGGCACACACCAUAUACAAUUCAAACAUUUUCCAAAUUCAGGUUAUAAUUGUCAAAUCAAAAUACGAAAUUCCCUGUUUCCCUGUGUCUCCACCUCAUCCCCAUACACUCGCUUAGUAAUCUGAAAGUCGCGAUGUCCGCCAUCCUGCUGUUGGUCAUUUGUCUGGGUCUAGGUCUAAUCAUUCCACUGCUGCUCGCUGCAUUGGGUACUCUGAACCGAAGUAUCUCUAGCGGGAGUAGUAGCAACCGGUUAGCGGUGGUGCCGGCGCCAGGCGUUCAAGGUACUCCCUACGAUCCCUUAGAGCAAUCGUCGUGGUACAAAUUAAUCCAGCCGCAUAUACGCUUUUUGGCUCGCUACAUUCACGUGCCGCCGGAUUUCGAUGGGGUCGAAAUGCCCGAAGAACUGCAUCGUCACAUGCAGGUUUUGGCCAUGCUCCAGGCUCAGUUCCGGGCAGGUCAUUUGCAAAGGAUCCCAGUUUCCGGUUCCGUGACGGAUCUCGAUCUUUACCGGAAUCAAUGAAAAAGGAUGCAACAGGAAGAUUGGAUAGGCAGUCAUUUUGGUUCACACUCGAGAUAAGCAGUGCCAAUUAAACCCCAUAGUUAAGCCCCAUUUUUACUGAAAUUCUCUUCGGUGUUCAAAGGCUGUUUAUUAUGUUGACGAAACUGCAAAUACCCAGGAAAAAAUGAUUGGGUAAUUUAUUUAUAUCGACCGUUGGUUAAGUGAACGUUGACUACCACGACAUCUCGCAACACAAUGUCGCGCCAUGACUUAUAGUGAAACCUAAACCAAAUAAGGAA